UACAGCAGUCGGCAAUACAGACACAGUACCUUUGUGUAGUGUGUUGGGUGUAACUAGGUGUAGGUACUCCCUAGCGUCAAGUGUAUAAUAUUAAACUAGCCAAGUGUAUAUAAUCCCCUUGUGCAUUAUAACUGUGUCCAAAGCAUCUCCAGCGGAUGUAGAUAAGAGAACACAGCUUGGGGAGGGGGUGAGUGCACAUGUCAUUCUCUCGCCUCUGCACCAUCAUGGCACUGUGGCAUAGACGAGGAAGACAUGUCCGGCCAGUGUGGACAACGGUACUGAGUGCUCUGUUGUUGUUCCUGGUUGCUUUUCUGUUGGUUCACCAUUCACAAAAAAUCCACAACAGCUCUAACAGACUACUAUACUUUAGAGGUUCAGCGGAAGACCAACCGGACCCAUUAGAACCCAAGGUGGUGAGGAACUACCUGGAGGAGGAGGCAACAGAGGAAGGCGAGAACGAAAAGGCAGAGAAGGACCUGAUCAGAGUCAACAGACAUCAGAUAACAGUUCAGGGCGACCGAGAGACAGAUGAUGGCAUUCAAGAGACAGAAGACAACAUCCAUGGACACACACCACAACCUGUCUCACUCCUCACCACCGUCUACGACCCCCUCAGCCACCCAGACCGCUUUCGUUUCAUUCACUCUCGUAAGCAGCUGAAUUUGACUGGCCCCAAGACCAACCUGAUCCCUGAACAGGUGAGGUGGCGCCACGACCUCACCCACGUGUGCCCUAAGAGUGACCGGCCCUUUAUUCUGGCCCUCGUGGUCUCUGCCCUGAAGGAGACAGAGCGUCGAGCAUUCGUUAGAGCCACCUGGGGCAACCCCGUCUGGUAUCCCCACUCUAGGCUGCGAGCGGUGUUCGUGUUGGGAGAGACACUGGACUCUGCCUUACAAGAUGCCGUUGACCAAGAGGCAGCCAUACACAAUGACAUCAUCCAGUACACCUUCAUCGACUCCUACGCGAAUCUGACGUACAAGACGUUGUCGCUGCUGACGUGGUCGGCUUCCCAUUGCCCAGAUGUGCCCUUCGUUGCCAAGAUUGAUGACGAUGUCAUGGUCAACCCCUUUCACUUGUGGACUUUCUUCAAGGAGCAACUAAACAAUCCACCCGAGCCCAAGGGUGUGAAGGAAGGAGACGAGGUGAUGGAGGUCCCUGCUGGAGCCAACAAGGCCACCACCUACAUCUAUGGCCGCUACGACCCUGUCCCCUACCCUCUGCGUUCUACCAAGUGGGCCGUCUCCAAAGUGGAGUACCCAGAGAAGUCCUUUCCUCCCUUCGUACAUGGUCCAGCGUACGUAGUAGGAAGCGCGGCCGUACAGCAGCUGCUGAAGUACGCCCCCUACGUGCCUUUCGUCAAACUGGAGGAUGUCUACACCACCGGCCUUGUCGCUCAUGCCGCCGGGGUGAAACACGUCCAGAUUAAUGGAGUCAUAAAUACCUUCGUCAUUAAUCACAAACUCUUCAACGGCACCCAAGCCUUCCUGGAGGAGACCAGCCUGAAUACAAAGAAGAAGGCUUGGGAUGGCAUUCUUCAGUAUGCCCCUCACAAUUAGUGAUUGACAUGACAUUAUGGACUCCAGUUUGCCCUUUGUUAUUACUGUACUGACUAAUUCCCCACGUUGUCAGGUUUGUUUUUGAGGCAAAGCUCUUAGUUUAUGUCAGUGCCUGCACUCUCAUCUACACUUUUAGAUAUUGCCUCCGGUAUUCUUUCCCCAACUUGUAUGUAUGUAUGUUUAUUUGUUUUUCUUUAUUUUUUGGGGCAAAUCUAAAAAGAAACAAUGAAGUCCAUACCCCCAAAGUUCCCUUAGUAUGCUUGCAAAUUUUUUCUUGGACACACACAGGCUUUUAUUAUUAGAGAUUAUUGCAAUGGCAUACUUCAACAUGACCUUCAUCUUUAGGUAGGAGAGGCAUACUAGUCUCAAGAAUGUCCUUUAAGACUAAGAAGGCUUGUAGAAAAAAGUAGCCAGGAAAAUUUUUACCUUCAAGACGUAAAGACCACCACGAACAAUGGUGACCAUGACAGUGGCCAUUAGACCAUAACGGAAGCACUGUGGUACCUACACCCAAUAGGAUAUAACAGGAGAUGUUUUUGAGACGAGAACAAAUCCCUCACCUGGAAAACCCCCUGAUAGUCAGUCAAUAUGAGGAAGAUGGGCAUUGAACUAACACAGACAAAAAUCCCUAUGAAAUUUUCAAACCAAAGUAUUAUUUAAUUUAAAAAAUAAUUAUAGAAUAAAAAUAAACCCUCGCCAGUAGUUUGGAAAGUAAUUUGAAAAGAAUAAGAUAAACCUUUCUCAGCAAUGUGUAAAAUGUAGUUUUAGGGAAAUAAGAAAUGGGUGAAAGUAGAUGAGACACUUUGGUCAUAUAAUUAGGGAUGAGGUGAUAAUAACCAAAAUAUUAAUGAGCAAAGUCAAGGGGGAGGAGGGGUCAGGGGAAGGCAGAGACUGGGAAGGAUGAAUGAAGUUAAAAACUGGAUCCCCAGAGAUGUACAAAACCUUAGAGGAUUGGCAGAAACAGCCCAAGAAUGUUUAGACUGAAGGAAUGUGACCGAGAACCCUUAGAUAUGAGAACGGUACUCUGAUUGAUUGAUUGAUUGUGGUGACAAACUUGUGUGUCUGCAUUUUCAACUCUUGUAGUUUCUACUUGCUAUGGUUAUUUGUGUUUAGUGAUGCAAGAUGAGGGUGUAGAAAGCUGUAGAUGAUUAUGAUGGGGUUUAGUGGCUGCUGGGAACGUUCUACUGAUAGUUGGGUGAAAACACCAACGUCAUCAAAUUCUUUCACAUUAAGAUAAAUUCUGUAUCUGUAAUUAUAUUUUUAAUUCAACUUAUUAAUCAAUUUAUUACAUCUAGGUUAAGACACCAAAUCAGGAAAUCUCUCGCCUUGAGUACAAUUGCAUAUGUACAGUAUUCUUAACUUUAUAUUUGUACUUGUAUUUAUUAAUGCAUAAUACUAUAACCAUAUGGGAAUUACUGUACCUGCACUGUAUAGCUACUUAAGUCUGUCCUUGUAUUAAUAUUUCAGAAUAAAACUUAUAACUAA